UCUGCUGGCUUUGCAAGCUGCAGAGGGGAUCUGAAGUCCAGGUCAGGGGUAGCUGGUGCUGUCCAAGGCACCAGGGCACAUUGGGCCUGGUCUUCCCUCUGUUGGGAAAGUAUCUAUCCUGGGGGCACCGUAAGGCUGUCUGGCGCCUGCCCCAGCGUCUCUUGGAGGCGAGACCCCUCUAGCCUCACUCCUGGUCUCUCUCCUGGCUCCACAAGGCAGUGUAAGCUCCCUGAGAGCAGAGUCAGGGGUUGAAGCUUGGGGUUUAGGGCUUCAGGGUUGUAGAACUUGGCAUGCCUGGGCCAGAGGGUACCAAGCCAGGCAUUUUUCAAAUGGAGAAACUGAGGUCCAGAGAGAAGAGACUUGCCAGAGGUCACACUGCCAGUUCGGAGAGCUGAAUCAGGGACCCAGGUGUUCAGACUCGCACUUCUAGGCUCUCUCCACUGUUCUCUGGCCCUGACCCCUGGGAGAGUCAUUUUGCACAGAACUGGACUAGAAUGGGACAGCAUGUCUGCCUUCACCACCCCACUCCUUGCCCCUAUCGUACCACUCCCUGAGUGAAUGGAACUUACGGUAUAUACAGUGUAGUGCAUGGUCUUUAUCACACCCGCCUUUCCCAGAAACUCGUCAAGGUGGGGAUAUGGAACUCCAUAUUAAAAUUUAGAAUACUGAGGCUUGGAGAGGUUGAGCAGUGGCAGAGGAAGGCUUACAUUCAGGCUUCCAGGUUCCUUGAACAGGGGUGCAUUCUCCUAGGUGGACUUUGGUGUGCAUGGGUGUGGGACUCCUUCUCACCUUCUAGUUUUUGAUCUCUCAAAUUCUGCUGACACGGCGAUGGUGUAAAAAUCUAGAGGCCCUACCCCUAUGGAAUAUCAGAGCUGAAAAGGUGCUGAGAAGUCAUCUGGGCUCAGAGAGGGGAAGCCCCUAGAUUGAAGUCACCCCCGAUUCCGAGUCCCGGCUAGGACCAGAGCCCUGAUCUCCUGUCUCCCUUCUGCUGUGAGACACUCAGAGGGAAGAGGGAGCCACUCGACCGACUGCCAGACUCCACUGUGCCCAGGAGAACUGUGACUGCAGGUAGUGACGGGACUGUGAGCACCGUAAUAGCCAGCACUUGGUGGAGACGUGGGCUUAUCCCAGGGACUGAGCAACAGACUCUCUGCAGCCUUGGGGAAUGGAUGCAAGAUGGCGCCAGAUGGAGAAGAAGCUAGUGUGUGGGUGAAGUGUGGACCGGGUCUGAAGCUAGCCUGGCCCCAGCCCGUCCUUGGGCAGGUACUUCCCUGCCCUGCCUCUCUGUAAAGAUGGCCGAGCCUCGAUUUAACAACCCCUACUUCUGGCCCCCUCCUCCCACCAUGCCCAGCCAGCUGGACAACCUGGUCCUGAUUAACAAGAUCAAGGAGCAGCUAAUGGCGGAGAAGAUCCGGCCGCCUCAUCUGCCGCCCACGUCGGCCUCGUCGCAACAGCCGCUGCUAGUGCCACCCGCGCCGGCCGAGAGCAGCCAGGCGGUCAUGUCACUGCCCAAGCUGCAGCAGGUGCCGGGGCUGCAUCCGCAGGCCGUGCCGCAGCCCGACGUGGCGCUGCAUGCGCGGCCAGCCACCAGCACUGUCACAGGUCUGGGGCUCUCCUCCCGGACCCCGGCUGUGAGCACAUCCGAGUCCAGCGCGGGCACGGGUACCAGCACCCCGUCCACACCCACCACCACCAGCCAGAGCCGCCUCAUCGCCUCGUCCCCCACCCUCAUCUCAGGGAUCACCAGCCCCCCCCUCCUGGACUCCAUCAAGACAAUCCAGGGCCAUGGCCUGCUUGGCCCCCCCAAGUCCGAGCGCGGCCGCAAAAAGAUCAAGGCGGAGAACCCAGGGGGCCCCCCUGUUCUCGUAGUCCCCUACCCCAUCCUGGCCUCAGGCGAGACUGCCAAGGAGGGCAAGACAUACAGGUGUAAGGUAUGCCCGCUGACCUUUUUCACCAAGUCUGAGAUGCAGAUCCACUCCAAGUCGCACACAGAGGCCAAGCCGCACAAGUGCCCGCACUGCUCCAAGUCCUUUGCCAACGCCUCCUACCUGGCCCAGCACCUGCGCAUCCACCUGGGCGUCAAGCCCUACCACUGCUCCUACUGUGAUAAGUCCUUCCGACAGCUCUCCCACCUCCAGCAGCACACCAGAAUCCACACAGGCGACAGACCCUACAAGUGCCCGCAUCCUGGCUGCGAAAAGGCUUUCACUCAGCUCUCCAACCUCCAGUCUCACCAGCGCCAACACAACAAGGACAAGCCCUACAAGUGCCCCAACUGCUACCGGGCCUACUCGGACUCCGCCUCCCUGCAGAUCCACCUCUCGGCCCACGCCAUCAAGCACGCCAAGGCAUACUGCUGCAGCAUGUGCGGGCGGGCCUACACCUCGGAGACCUACCUGAUGAAGCACAUGUCCAAACACACGGUGGUGGAGCACCUGGUGAGCCAUCACUCGCCCCAGAGGACGGAGUCCCCCGGCAUCCCAGUGCGAAUUUCCCUCAUCUGAGCCAACCUGAGGCCCCGCCCCGCCCCGCCCCGCCCACUGGCAGACACAGACCCAGGCAGCACCAGGGCCCAACUCCCGCCAGGGCCCUCCAGGAACAGCUGAGCUCUCUCAUGACCUUCCUGACCUUCCAGAAAGCCUGGGCCGCAGAAGCCCUGCCCAGUCCAGCUCCGGGGGUGGCCAGGCCAACUGCAAGAUUCUGGACUGUUUGGUGGCAUCCAAAGAUGAUCUCAGAGCACUUUGAACCUCUCUGUCGGGUUUUCUUUUUUCCCCCCACCCUUCACUUGCUUCACUGUUUUUUUUUUUUCUUUUUCUUUUUUAACUUUGUUUUGGAAAUAACAAAAAAGAUAUUUAUUGGCCAAGAAGUUGGUGCUGCUAAGACCGAGAAAUUGAGAGUUGGACAGAUGGACACAGAGAACCAGAGGGCAGCAUGGGGCCUUCUCGUGCCACAGCCUCGGGUCUUGAGGGAAGGCUCAGGCCUGAGAUGCUGGACUGCAAAGGGGGCCCCUGUGGGAGGGGGCAAGAGGCAGCUGGAGGGAGCCACUCACCCUGGGUGCCCUUGGGUGCCCUGCUCGGACCUCGAGCUGCACCCUGGGCAUCACUGAGCAGAGGGAGGCAGCAGCUACCAGAGCUGCCCAGCCUUCAGGAGGCGGAACAAGACAGGCCAGGAGACCCGCAGGACCAAAGGGUGCAGUGCUGGGCUGGGCACCCAACAGUGUUGGGUUGAAACGGAGUGGGGGUGGGAUGGGUAAGACCUGCGCUCCCACCCCCCCGACCCCUCGCUGCCCUGAAGACCACCCCAGUCUACCUCGGUGCUGGCCAGGAAACCUAUUGGCUACCUCUCCCACCAUCCCAGACUGUGAGCAGGGGGAUGGGGAGGGAGUGGGCCUGGGGCUAUGACCCCCUCCAUAAUUUCCUCCAGAUGGGGCAGUACCCAGGGAGGGAUUAUUUGUCUUCCCUGCCACGGAGGGGGAGUCCCCCAGCCCAGGCCCUAGGCCCCUCGGCAGGGCAGGGAAGGGGUCCUCGGAAAGGAGGAUCCCGAGAGCAGCCCCUGCCCUCAGCCCCCACAGACACACCCCAAUCUGAAAGCCAUGCGUGUCCGUGUAUAUAGGAACUAUGUACAGAGCCCGGAGAAGCCCCCUUCCAUCCCCCCGGGGAAAAAAAAAAUAGAAACUCAUCUAUAUAUUCUGUAUCUGGAGUUCCGUUUUGAAUAUUAACUGUGUUAUUUUUAUACACUUUUUAAGCCUUAACUCACCAUUGAUUUACCAGUUAAACGUUUCCUGGGGUUUCUUUUCCCACGGGGUUCUCUGCCCCCACCCCACCCCUUUGUUUGACUUGCGUCGUCUGAUACUCAGUAUUGUAGCUUUUUGUCCGCAUGUUACUACCCUGUAAAUACGCUGUUAUACAUACUGUUAACACCCUUUGCUUUUUUCUAUGGGACCUCCAAGCCACCGUAUUUAGAACUAGUUACCUUAUUAAAAAAGAGAAAACAGUCUGUUGGCUUCUCAGUCUGCAUCUUGGUGGCAGGGAGGUGAGGGCAGGCGCCCAUCAACGCUUCAGUGAGGAAUUCUGCAUUUAAGAAAAGGGGUGAGGAGCAAAAUACAAAAUCAAAUGUGGGGGAAAACACUAAAACAAGACACAAAGGAAUUCCAAACCCUCUGCUCUUUGUAUUUCUCUGUUGUGAAGAAUAAACUGUACCUGCACCUGGGU